UCUAUAGUACUGAACUAUAGUCAACUAUAAUAGUAUUGUAUGGUAUCAUCGUAUCAUGUAAGGUCAUGCCGACAGUUGUGUCUAUUGCACAUUAUGUUGUAUUACUACUAAUUGAAGGAUAUUGAGUAUGAAUCAGUGAAACGAAACUUUAGGAAAAAUGUCCUUGUGUUUACGCACUCUUCCCAAUAAAUUUACAUCUUUUGUCAAUACACGAAAACAAGUAACAAAAAUCAACCGUCACUUACCAAAGCAUGUUAAAUCAUCUCUAUUCGAAGAGGCUACAUCAUGUACAACAAUAAAUUCUGGAGCAAGAUCUUUAAAUCCUACAAUUCAUCUACUGGGUCAAUAUGUACCAUUGACGAACAUUAAGACGUAUACAGAACAAUCACAGAUAUUAAACAGAAACUGUAACUGUAAUCAACAACAAACAGCAUGGUUAAAACAGCAGAGACAAAGAAAUAGUCGAACGUUGGAUACAAUUAAUAAUAAUUUUACAAAUAAUUCUGUAUUAAAUAAUGAUACACGAUGGUCAAAAUCUCACACAGAUACUGAGUAUAUUCAUAAAAAUAAGAAGUCUUGUCUCCUUCCUAUUGACAUGGUGGCACUUAAGAAAUCUGUAGAUAAUAGUUCAUCUAAUUCUGGAAAGCAAGGAAUUCUUUACACAGAGUUUUCUCCUAAAGUGCAAAAUGUAAAUGAGAAUCAACCUUCUGAAGAUCGCAAACCAUCUGAAGAACAAUUGCAAUAUGCAUUUGACACCCUCAGUAAAGAUUUACCUAUGUUGUUUGUUAAAACAAUGGAUUAUACAUUGUAUACUAAUGAUAUUAUAUUUAUAAAUAAUAUUAAAGGAACAACAACUACGGGACUCGUUAAUUAUAUAAAGCAAAUAGCUAUGGUUAAAAUAGUAGGUCACAUAAAGUUUGCUUUUGUUAAACUUGAAAUUAUAAAAAUUACCAUGCAUCCAGAAGAUAAUAGUAUUAAAGUUCGAUGGCGUAUAAUAGGUGUUUCUGGUACACAUAUAUUUCUUACAUUUUGGAAACUUAAAAUUUGGAAGAUAAAGUCAUAUUUAAAGGAUCGACAAUCGUGGUAUGACGGUUUUUCUACGUUUUAUGUUAAUAAUGACGGUAAAAUAUUUAAACAUGUCGUUGACAAAAUGAUGCCUGAUAUAGAUUCGUGUGAAAAAAUAAAAACCCCCGUUGAAGCAAAAUUAGCUUUAUUUACAGCAUUACUAGGUUUGGAUUCUUAUACUUUUACUGAAUUUUGUUCCAAAUUAAAAUCUCAUAUUACUCAAAUAAAAUAAGAGAAACAAAUAUAGCAAAAUUUGUGAAGUUACUGCACUAAACAAGAAAUUCUUCAUAGCAUCAAAGGACAUUAUCUGCUUUGAUAUAUUGCUUUGAUACGUCUAGAUAAUUGCACGUGUGAAUAAACACAUGCAAGUAAACUUUGUAUAAUUAUAAUAAACUACAAAAAUUGAAUUUGGGGGAAUUAUUUAUGAAUCACUUUUUGAAUGGUUUACAGCAACAAUGAACUAAGAAUAAGCGAAGACUCUACAACUUGUUAAUAUCACUAAAGUUGUACAAAUUAUGUAGUUUCAGGUUAUGUUUGUAAUUUCCCCUGCUUAUCAUACAUUAUGAGCAUUUAAUAAGAAAUCAAAUUUAGUAAAUUAUUAUGUAUAAUAACAUUAGUAAUUUAUACAUUAUAAUUAAAUGAUUUAUUAAAUGUAGAAAAUGAUUGAAUUUUAUUGUAUUUUACAGUUUUACAAACACUCUGUAUAAGGUAAAAUAUAUCACAAAGGUAUAGAAAAUGUUGAAUUUGUAUCAUUAUCGCAAUUUGUACAGACGAUCAUUAUUUCGUAAAAAAUAACUUUAUUUAAUAUUGAAAAUUUAUACUUAAUUAAAUAAUCGGUAUGUUUAUUUUAUUUAAUUGCUCACAAGUCCU